CGCCCAGUGUGAAUGAAGUAUCUGCUGCAGCGGCUGUGGGGUCUUCACACAGCAGUGGGACUAAGAGCCGGCAACUGGAUCACUGAAAUGUUUCGUUGUUUCCAUGAUUUGCUCUUGAGUGAUCAGUAAUGAUAUACAGUGGAACAAAACUAUACAUGAGGCGAGCAGGGGAAAUCUAUACAUAAUCUUCACCAGACACUGGAGACCCCAAACCGGACUGAGCCCUCCUCUGCAACAGGACUCAACCUUCAAAGAGGGAGAAGAUGCCUUUUCACCAUGUGAGAGCAGGGUUGCUGUACACAGACAACUACCUGACCCACUCUCUCUCUGAAAUCAGCGAGGAGCAGCUAGCCAGCAUCUCCACUGAAGAGCUUGGUGAGAUCCGUGAGGCAUUCCGGGUGCUGGACAGAGAUGGGAACGGUUUCAUUUCCAAGCAGGAGUUGGGCAUGGCCAUGCGCUCGCUGGGCUACAUGCCCAGUGAGGUGGAGCUGGCCAUCAUUAUGCAGAGGCUGGACAUGGACGGUGACGGACAGGUGGACUUUGAUGAGUUCAUGACGAUACUGGGACCUAAGCUCAUCUCAAAUGAGACCAGAGAAGGCUUUCUGGGCAGCACUAUAGACAACAUCUUCUGGCAGUUUGACAUGCAGCAGAUGUCUCUGGAGGAGCUGAAACAAGUCCUCUUCCAUGCUUUUCGGGACCACCUGACCAUGAAGGACAUUGAAAACAUCAUUGUGAAUGAAGAGGAGAGCCUAAAGGAGAACUCAGGAAACUGCCAGACUGAAUUUGAGGGAGUGCAUUCUAAAAAGAAGAAUCGGCAGACAUGCGUCCGCAAGAGCCUCAUCUGCGCUUUUGCGAUGGCCUUCAUUAUCAGCGUCAUGCUAAUUGCGGCCAAUCAGAUGUUGCGUAAUGGCAUGGAGUAGCCCCGCCCACUGUGAACUCUGAGUACUCUUACCUGAGCUCCAUUUAACCUUCAUAUGGCAAACAACAUCUAGCCACGUACAAGGCAAACUGCAAAAAAAUACACUGACACCCAUUUGUAAUCAGGCUUGAAGAAGUCUUUGGAUUUAACUGUGUGGUAAAACUCGUAAGACUUACAUCCAGGUUUCAAGUAUGGAUGAAGUACCACUUUUUCAGCUCUACUGGAGCCACCACUUGGAUGUAAUAAAAGACCCACACUGACAACUUAAUGAAACUACACUAAGAGGUGUUUACCCUCCCUUUAUCUCUCUAUCAGAGAGACACAAGGGCUCUUCCCUGGUGUCCCUUUAAUGCAAUAAGACCCAGGGUCCCUUUACCUGCAUUUGUGUGUACAUUUGUCUCUACAAGCUGUGAAAGCAAAGACAUCUGUCCGGAUGAUAUCAGACUCCACACCAUCUGAGCUACGAGUAAUGAGGAGGAGACUGAUUGGCAGUGGAUACCCACAAAUAUCUCUCAUUGAAUUAAAUUCAUUGUCUGUUCACGCACACGCAUGCUUGUGUAUUUGUCCUUACUGAAUAGAAGCGAGAAUAAACUUAGCGUUGAGUAAAGAGAGGGGUCACAUAACCUGUAUCAAAGCACACUAAAUAAUGAAUGGGCAUUUUGUUUGGCUUUUGAAGGCUUUAUGAAUGUACAGUUAUAGGUCCUUACAUAUUUGGACAUCAACAAAGUUAUUUUCAUUUUAGCAGUCCACAGCAGCGUAUCAGAGUUGAAAUAACCACCAAAUAAUGAAUAUGAGCUCAAAGUGCAGACAUGCAAUUUUAAUUUGGGGAUCUCAGGUAAACAGUGUAGGAAUUAGAACCAUAGUCAUACAUAUCCUCACCUUUUAUGGGCUCAAAAUAAUUAGAUAAUUGGCUCAGCUGUUCUAUGGCCAGGUGUGUUGUUCACUUACAAGUAAGCAGGUAAAAUGUUUUAAAGUGAUUUUAAUUGUGGCAUUUGCAUUUGGAAUCUGUUGCGGUUACCUCUUAAUGCGAAGUCCAAAGGGUUGCUAAUGAAGCAAGCCAUUUGAGGGUGUAAAUCAAAACAAAUCCAUCAGAGAGAUAGCUGUGGUGGAUGACACAAGAAUUCUUUCACUGGUAAAGAAAAAUGCAAACAAAAAACCAUCUAAAAAAGUCUGUACAGUUCUGAAGCAACAUAUUAUGGACAGAUGAGACAAAGUCAAUCAACUUGUAACACAGUGAUGGGGAGAGAAGAGUAUGGAGAAGCAAAGUGCUGCUCAUGAUCCAAAGCGUACCAUCUCAUCUGUCAAACAUGGUGGAGGUAGUGUUAUGGUGUAGACAUGUAUGGCUGCCAGUCAAAGUGGGUCCCUUUCUAAAAAUGUACCAAAUAGCUGAAUUGCUUAUUGAUGAUGUGAUUACUGACAAAAGCAGCAGGAUGAACUCUGAAGGCUAUAGGGCUCAGAUUUAUCUGCUCAGAUUUAGCCAAAUGCUUCAAAACUCAUUGGACAGGCCUUCACAGUGCAGAUGGACAAAGCAAUCCAAGAUAUUUUAGGGCAAAGAAGUUAAAUAUUCUUAUGUCAAAUGGCCAAGUCAAUCACAUGACCUUAAUCCAACCAAGCAUGCAAUUCACUUACUGAAGGCAAACCUGAAUUUAAAACAACCCAAGAACCAGCAGGAACUGAUGACUGCUGCAGUAAAGGCCUGUCAGAGGACCACCAGGGAAAAAACCUGGCAUCUGGUGACGUCUUUGGGUUCCAGACUUCAGUCAUUGACUGCAAAGGAUUUGCAACCAAUAAUAAUAACCAUCCGUAACCAUUAAAAUGACAAUUUAUUGGGUCAGUUAUUUAGUUUGUCCAAUUACAUUUGAGCCCCUAAAAAGUGAUGGUGGGAGGGGAGAUUGUUGUGUAUGAAGAUGAUUAUAAUUGAAGCUAACAAUCUACACUUUGAUGAACACUUUCUGUUCAUUAUUUAAUUUCACUCCAAUAUGCUGUGG